AUGCUAUUCAACAGAGCCACGUUACUUACCGUGUUUUCAGCCAUCUGGACAACUGCGCACGCUGGUUGCUCCAAUGUUGGCGGAAACUAUUACUGUUCUGAAACCAACGCUGUUAUCUAUGAGGGAAUCGGCUACUCUGGUUCCUACUCUGAUGUGACCGACAUGGACGAGUCUUCGUGUUCGUGUUCUUCAGAGUCGACCUCCUUUUCGGGCUCUUUGUCUCCUCUCGACGAAGAGCUUUCCGUUCACUUUAGAGGUCCUUUGAAGUUGCUCCAGUUCGGUGUUUACUACCCAUCUUCCUCUUCGUCCUCCAAGAAGGUCAAGAGAGAGGAGGAGGAGGACUGCGAGACCACCAUCCACGCUCACCACAACCACAGAAGAGCUGUUGAGUAUGUUGCUGUCACAGCCACCGUUUACGUUGACCAGAACGGAAAGACCAUCACCGACGGUGACAGUCCAUCCACUGCUGAGGCCAAGGUGAUAACUAGCAGCAGCGCUUCGUCUGCUACCGGCCAAGCCUCUCCAACCAGCUCGGCCGAGAGCAACGACGACGAGGACGACAACUCUUCCAGCUCCGCCACCUCCAGCUCUUCCUCUUCGAGCUCCAGUACCAGCUCCGAGUCCGAGGCCACCUCUUCCUCUUCUUCGUCCUCCUCUUCGGGUGCAUGGAGCAGAUCCUCUUACUUCCAACCUGGCUCCAUCACCAACGUCACUUUCCUCAACCACCAAGGAGGAACUGCUGGUUCCGGAACCUGGUCUUCCUGUUUCGGUAACUCUCUGUCCUACUGUGACUCUGACGGAAAGUCUGGUGCUUCUUCCAGCACUGCCUUGGACGAGGUCACCAUCGACUCCAACGUUGAGUACAUCAUCAUGUCUGGUUCUGACUGUUCUGACGACUCUGUUGGAGACUGUGGCUACACUAGAUCUGACAUCCCUGCUUACCACGGUUUUGCAGGUAACACCAAGAUCUUUGUGUUCGAGUUCGAGAUGCCUACUGCCACCGACUCCUCGAGCACCAACUACGACAUGCCUGCUAUUUGGUUGUUGAACGCUAAAAUCCCUAGAACUUUGCAAUACGGAGACUCCUCGUGCUCUUGUUGGUCUACUGGUUGCGGUGAGCUUGAUUUGUUCGAGAUCCUUUCUUCUGGCUCCGACAAGUUGAUUUCCCACUUGCACGAUGGCCAAGGUGACAACGGCUCUUCCUCUGGUGGAGGAGGAUCCCAGGACUACUUUGCUAGACCAACCAGCGGGUCCAUGAAGGCUGCUGCUGUGUUUGACAACGGCGAAAUCCACAUCGUCCAAUUGGACGACGACACCGACUUCGGCAGCUCUCUCGACUCCGACACUGUUUCUAGCUGGUUGUCGCAAUCCGGAUCCACUGCAUCCGUGUGA